AUGGGUACUUAUAGGAAGCGGUGGAAUGAAAAGGCUAGAGCUGGCCAGAUGGCCAAAUUGAAGGAUCUUAAAAGAGUUAGGAACAAGCAAUUUACCAUGCAUGAAGAUUCAUUGCAAAAUGAGGAUGAUGAGCCAGUCUCUAUACCAGCUAAGGAGGCAAAUCCAAAUACUGAGUUAUUGCAGCCUUUAACUGCUGAGGAGAAGAAACUUAAGAAAAGGAAGUUGGAAGAACUUUUCACUCCUAAGGAGACCAAGAUGACAAGAAUGAAAAAGAAGAGACUGGAGAAAUUUAUUGAGCAUCAACUGAAGAGGGAGGAGAAGAAAGUGCUUAUUGAGAAAUUGCAAAGCCAUAGAAUUGACACCUCUAUUCUAACAAGUAGUAAACAAUUGGGACAGGGUAGAAAGACUAAGAAAGAGGAAUUUAACGAAGCGCUAAAAUUAGAACGACAGGGUCGCGGCGAUGAGCAGACCAAGAGAAUUUUAUAUGAAGAGAGGGACGUUAAAGAUUGGUUAGAGGAUCACCCUGAAGAUUUGGAGGAAGAUUUGAAGAAAGAUUCUGACUCCGAUAGUCCUUCGUCAUCUGGUGAUGAAAAUAGUUUAGAGGAACAUGAAAUCAACACAGAGGUUCGUUCUGGAGGAUUUAUUGAUAACAGGCCGAGUAAAUUUGGAGGUUUUGGCUUUGGUUUUGGCUUUUCAAAUGUCAAAGUUGUCAAUGGCUCCACUCAGGCUCCUCAGAGAAAAUAUAAUUGGAGACAGAGGGUGGAAAUGGAGGAAAUGAGAAAACAUAAGAUUGAAAAUGCCAUGGAUUUCGACUCUUCUUCAGAAAGUGAUGGAGGUGAAGGUGCUUCUGCAAGCGUAUCAUUGUUAAGCCCGAGAACGGAAUCUCAAACUUCGGCUGCGGAGGAGAGAACCUCAGAUCAAUCAGAUGAGGAUGAAGAAUCUACAUCAGAUUCUGAUAAUGAAUAUUCAGAGACUAAUGCAAAGAAGCUUGAAAAAUUUAAGCACACCAAGAAUGCUGAAGAAUUUAAGGAUUGGGCUAAUAAAGAAAUUAAAAGGAUAGAAGGAAAUGAUGUUGAGUAUGAGAUGCCAAAAUUAAACUUAAAAUAUGAACCAAUUAUUAGAAUAGAGGACUUGGAUGACGGUUUAAAGGAAGAAAACAUGUCUAUAGAUAUGAACUCCAAGCGACAAACAUUUGUUGUUAACGUUGUAAGGACUGAAGAGAUUCAGGCCGCUAGAAUUCAAUUACCAGUAUUUGCAGAAGAACAUAGGAUAAUGGAAGCCAUACAUCAUAACGAUGUUGUAAUUAUUUCUGGUGAAACUGGUUCGGGUAAAACUACCCAAGUGCCCCAAUUUUUGUAUGAAUCAGGUUAUGGUCAUCCAGAUUCUCCAGAUACACCUGGUUUAAUUGGAAUCACGCAACCAAGGCGAGUUGCAGCUGUGUCUAUGGCUAGCCGUGUUUCUAAAGAACUAGGUAAUCACUCUGCCAAAGUUGGUUAUCAAAUUAGAUUUGAUUCCUCGGUGAAAAAAGACACCAGAAUUAAAUUUAUGACAGAUGGUGUUUUAUUAAGAGAGAUGAUGAAUGAUUUUAAGUUAAAUAACUAUUCUUCAAUAAUUAUUGAUGAAGCGCAUGAAAGAAAUAUUAAUACAGACAUUUUAAUUGGUAUGUUAAGUCGUUGUGUUCGUUUACGUGCUAAAGAAAACGCCCAGGACCCAUCGAAGCAUAAGAGGUUAAAGUUGGUUAUCAUGUCUGCCACUUUAAGAGUAUCUGAUUUCAGUGAAAAUCGAACAUUAUUUGAUACAAAACCUCCAAUUUUGACAGUUAAUGCUAGACAAUAUCCUGUGUCUAUUCACUUUGCUCGUCACACAGCAUCUGAUUAUGUAGAUGAAGCAUUAAGAAAGACCUGUAAAAUACACAGAAGAUUACCACCUGGUGCAAUUCUAGUUUUUAUGACAGGCCAGCAAGAAAUCAAACAUCUUGUUCAAAAGCUAAGACAAGAAUUCCCAUUUUCCAAGGAUGCUAAGAGGAGAAAAGAAAUGGAUACUGAUCUCCCAAUACUGAGGUUUGACUCCAAAAAUACCGAUGUCGAAGUAGAAGAUAUUGAUUUCAGUGUUAAAGUUGUUGAAAAUCAGGAAUUUGACGAUGGCAUACAUUCUACAGAUGAAGAAGAUAAUGUAGAAGAAGGUUUUGAGGAAGAAUUGGAGGAAGGACAAUCAGAAAAUGAUCCCUUAUAUGUACUACCUUUAUAUUCAUUACUACCAACUAAGGAACAGAUGAAGGUAUUUCAGGAUCCACCAAAAGGGUCUAGACUUUGUGUCGUUGCAACUAACGUUGCCGAAACUUCUCUAACCAUACCUGGAGUGAGGUACGUUGUUGAUUGUGGUAGAGCGAAAGAACGUAAAUAUAAUGAUGCAACAGGUGUUCAAAGCUUUGAAAUUGAUUGGAUCAGUAAGGCUUCAGCCGAUCAAAGAAGUGGUAGGGCAGGACGUACAGGUCCUGGCCACUGUUACCGUUUGUAUUCUUCUGCUGUUUAUGAACAUCAUUUCGAGCAGUUUUCACGCCCUGAGAUAUUAAGGAUGCCAGUCGAAAGCGUUGUGCUGCAGAUGAAGAGUAUGCUAAUUCAUAAUGUAGUCAAUUUCCCAUUUCCAACCCCUCCUGAUAGUUUUGCGUUGGCCAAGGCUGUGGAACUUUUACAGUAUUUAGGUGCCCUUGAUGAAACGGAAAAGAUAACCGCAGAUGGCAGAAAGAUGAGCUUGUUUCCUCUAAGUCCCAGAUUUUCGAAAAUGCUGCUUGUCAGUAACGAACAUGACUGUUUGCCAUAUGUUGUCUCCAUUGUCAGUGGAUUAUCCGUUGGAGAUCCAUUUAUUUCUGAACACGAAUUAGGCAUUAAACAUGACGAUGCUGAAGACACCAACUCUGAUUCUAAGGAGCACCAAAGGGAAUUAAGAGCCAAGUUUUAUAAAAGUAAGGCCAAAUUCUCAAAGCUUGACAAGAACAGUGACGUCUUCAGGCUUCUUAGCGUGAUUAGUGCGAUGGACUAUAUCCCUCCAGAAAAGAAGAACAAAUUCAUUGAACAACAUUUCCUGAGAGGAAAGGUAAUGGAAGAAAUUAGCAAAUUAAGAAAGCAGGUAAUGUAUAUCAUCAAAUCCAACACUUCAAAAGAAAAUAUCGCCUGCAAUGUCUCCGAACAAGACCUCAAAGCAUCAAUCCCUAGUGAAAUUCAGAUUAAACUUCUAAAACAAAUGGUUUGUUCUGGUUUUAUAGACCAAAUCGCCAUAAGAGCGGACAAAUUGUUCCCUGACGACGCCCAAAUUUCCAAUAAGACAACUAUCACGGAUAUACCUUACGUCCCGGUUCUUUCCCACCGUACCAACGACAUUGCCGACUGUUUUGUCUACCUUCACUCGUCCUCAGUCAUCACUAACCUCGGAAAAGAACCCCCCAACUAUCUCGUAUACCAUUCACUCCAUCUCAAUACUAACUCGCACUCCCCAAAAACCAGAAUGAAGCCAUUGUGUGAUAUUAAAAGUACCCCACUCGCAAACGUCGCUAGAACAGGCUCGCUCCUCACUUACAGCAAACCUCUUACAGGAAAAGGCUUCAAACCAAUAGACCUCUCCCCAACGGAACGAUACUGCUAUGUCACCCCUCGAUUCGGCUCUACUGUGGACAGUGACAUUAAGUUAGGAUGGGACUUGAAUCCCGUCGCCGUCCAUCAACGGAAAGAGCAGGGCCGCUGGCUCACUACAAAAUUCAUCACUAAUUCAACAUUCAAAAAAAACGCCAUUAAAAACAAACAUUAA